CACUUACUAAUUCUUCCGUUCCUGUUGUCCUUUCAUGGCUACUAAAUCGGGAAACUCAUCCACCAUCUUAUACUCCCGUUCCUCGCUCGCCACACCACCAUCACCACUCCAUCACCAUCCUUUGUGCACCUGCACCACAGGACAGAGCUCGCUGCCUCCACGCCAUUAGCCCCCUUGAUCAGCUCGGUUCUCUGAUCCGUAGGUCGGCCGGCCAUGGAUGGGAUUCCCAGGAAGCGGUACGGAUCCAAGAGCAAUGCCCACCAGGGGGGCGCGGCCUGCAGCAGCUCGCCGGGCAAGCGCAAGGGGAAGGCUGCUGGCGGAUGCGGCGGGAAGAAGCCGCCGAUCAAGGUGGUGUACAUCGGCAACCCCAUGCGGGUGACGACCAGCGAGGCGGGCUUCCGCGCGCUGGUGCAGGAGCUCACCGGCCGCCACGCCGACCCGUACAAGUACAGCGGCAGCGGCAGCGCCGCAGUCGACGCCGCCGACGACAGCAGCGGGGGCAGCCCGGUGGGGCCGCAUCAGGCGGGCGCGCUGCCCAUCAGCCCCGUCAGCACCCCGUCGUCGGAUGCCGCCUCGGCCGCCGGCGCGGCGCACGCCUCGAUGCCGGCGGCCUACGAAGACGACGACGAGGACAGCUUCGCGCCGCAGCUGAUCGACAACAGCUACUCCGUGUUCUCGCCGCCGACGUUCCUCUACGGCCCGCACGGCGACGGCGAACUGUGACCCCAAUCGCGUGGUAGGGGGUACACGAUGUACGCUUAUCGCAUCUCGCAUGACAAUGAAUCGAUGAUCUGUAUCGUAUGUGCGUGUGCAGGCUCGAUCGUAGGCAAGUAGUAGAACUGAUGAAUUCUGUACGCUGCUAUAUCUAGCUCCAAAAGCAAUCUCUUGUGACGCACUGCCACCGGCAAA